AGCUGUGCUAGGGUAUAGGGCCGUUGCAUCCUGGGUAAUCGCAGCAGUGGCGCUACACUGGAGGGAGAUACGGCUGCUUCCUUAUUCAGACGCUAAUCGGCGGAAGCGUUUUGUUGUUGUUAAAAAAUAAACACAGGAAGCCCCAGUCCCGGGAAACCAAAACGCCCGUCUCCCCAAAGCCAGCUGGGGCUAUUGACCACCAAACACAGAAAAGGAAAUAGGAAACUGAAAUAGCAUGGAAAAGCUGACGGCAGGAGCCGGAGGAGGCUGCUAUAGCGCAGAGCAGGGCUCAGCUGUUCCCGGAGUCGCUAGGAAACCACCCAGACCACUCGGAGCAGGAGUGGGGUCAUCCAGGCAGCCCAGCGUGGAGGCUUUGGAGAGUCCCUCAGGAUCGCAUGUGGAAUGGUGUAGACAGCUGAUAGCAGCCACCAUCUCCAGUCAGAUCGCUGGCCCUGUGUCGUCCGAGGCCAUCUCCCGGGAUUACAAGGUUGGCUGGAGGCCUGAUCUGAGGGUAUCCAAGAGGCCUCCUCUGCCGGCAUCCAAGAGGCCUCCUCUGCCGGACUGUCCGGACGGACCCAACAGCUAUCUCUCAGACGCUGACCCUGAGCUCACACCUCACACCUCGGCUCUGAGAGACGGGAACAGACUGGCACAAAUGGAAGAGGCGCCACGCUUUCCUGGGGAGUCUAUCAAAGCCAUCGCUAAAGAUGUGAUGUAUAUCUGCCCUUUCACUGGAGCGGUUAGCGGGACACUCACUGUGACUGAUUACAAACUUUACUUCAAGAGCCUGGAACGGGAGCCACCGUUCAUCCUGGAUGUUAAUCUGGGAGUGAUCAGUCGACUGGAAACCAUCGGAGUCCAGAGCCAUGGGGAGAACUCGUGUGGGAUGGAGAUUGUGUGCAAGGAUAUGAGAAACCCACGCUUCGCUUACAAACAGGAAGAGCAGAGCAAACUGGAGAUCUUUGAAAACCUCACCAAACAUGCGUUUCCCGUUUCCAAUGACCUGCCCCUCUUUGCGUUCCUGUAUAAGGAGAAGUUUCCCGUUGACGGCUGGAAAGUGUACGACCCUGUAGCUGAGUAUAAAAGACAGGGUCUGCCGAAUGAGAGCUGGACAAUAAGUAAAGUGAACAGCAACUAUGAAUUGUGUGACACCUACCCUGCUCUCCUGGUCAUCCCCACCAGCAUCAAGGACGAGGAUCUGAGGAGAGUGGUGGCGUUCAGAGCCAAGCAUCGCAUUCCUGUUUUAUCAUGGAUCCACCCGGAGAGCCAGGCUACCAUCACCCGCUGCAGCCAGCCUUUAGUGGGGCCCAGCGACAAGCGCUGCAAAGAAGAUGAGAAGUACCUACAGACCAUCAUGGACGCCAACGCCCAGUCUCACAAACUCACCAUCUUUGAUGCCAGGCAGAACAGCGUCGCGGACACAAACAAGGCUAAAGAGGGCGGGUAUGAGAGUGAGAGUUUCUACACCAACGCUGAGCUGACCUUUUUAGAAAUCCCCAACAUCCACGUGAUGAGAGAGUCCCUUCGCAAGCUGAAGGAAAUCACUUACCCCGUCAUCGAUGAAGCCAAGUGGCUCUCCAACGUGGAUUCAACCCACUGGCUGGAGUACAUACGGUUGCUUCUGAUGGGUGCCGUGCGCAUCGCAGAUAAGCUGGAGUCAGGGAAGACCUCGGUGGUAGUGCACUGCAGCGAUGGCUGGGACCGCACGGCACAGCUCACCUCCCUGGCCUUGCUCAUGCUGGACAGCUACUACAGGACCAUCAAAGGCUUCGAGGUGCUUAUUGAGAAGGAGUGGAUCAGCUUCGGACACAGGUUUGCAGUGCGUGUCGGCCAUGGAGAUGUGAACCACACGAACUCUGAGAGAUCCCCCCUCUUCGUGCAGUUCAUAGACUGUGUCUGGCAGAUGAUGAGGCAGUUUCCGGCUGCGUUUGAAUUCAAUGAGCUGUUCCUCAUCACUAUCCUGGACCACCUGUACAGCUGCCUCUUUGGAACAUUCCUGUAUAACUCUGAACAGGAGAGAGUGAAGGCGGAGCUGCACACUAAGACAGUGUCCUUGUGGUCCUACAUUAACAGCCAGCCAGAGGAGUUCACCAACCCCUUCUAUGUGAACUAUGAAAACCACGUUCUGUACCCCGUGGCCAGCCUGAGGCAUCUUGAGCUGUGGGUCGAUUACUAUGUGCGCUGGAAUCCAUGCAUGAGACCACAGAUGCCCGUUCACCAGAACCUGAAGGAGCUGCUGGUGAUCCGCUCAGAGCUGCAGAAGAAGGUGGACGAGCUGCAUAGAGAGGCCAGCACCCGCUCCCUGUCCUCCUCCUCUGACCGGGGCUCGACCCCCUCCCACUCUGCCACCCCCGUCCACACCACCGUGUGACAGGCAGGGACGCACCGGAGCAUCCCCACAUCUGUGCCAAUAGCAUCACAGAACAACAGUAUGCACAGAGGAGGGACAAAUACAAAGAGACAUGCUGGCUUCAGAGAGACUCAACUCAUGAGAUAUUUAAAGAAUGUGUGUUUUUAUUCAUGAAACUGCUGUGAAAGAAGCCAGCAGUACUUGGUUAUUCCUAGAAACGAUUUUAAAAAUAACAUCCUUCAGUGAGGAUAUUUUAAAGUGGGCUGUAUAUUUAAAAUGUAUAUUGUUAUUUAAAUCAUCAUUCAGAUGUUGGCAGUUGGUGUUGUGUACAAGGCUCAUCAAGCUCAACCUGUCAUGCUUACCGUAAAAACCGGUGUAUAAGUCGCACCGGUGUAUAAGUCUCCCCCAUCCCCUUUUUGAGACAACAAUUUCAGGAAAAAGCCUAUAGGUCACACCGGUGUAUAAGUCGCUCCCCCCUUUUUUAGGACCCCAUAAAAUACCUAGAAAAUAGACUUCUACAAAGGUUUUUACAGUAUUUCUAUUUUGUUACGGGAUAUAAGAAGUCAGUAUUGAGAAUAAGGGAUAGUGCCAAACGGUUAAAAGUCACGACUAACAGUCGUUUCUUUAAACUACAGGCCAGCUGGCGUUGUGUUAGUAAAGCUGUUGCAAUUGCGUGCAUUGACUUUAAAUGUCCUGGACUGUGAAUAAGCACAGCACACUAUCCAGUCUAGGUCACUGCUGUUGGUGUACGCAUGUUAAAAAAUGCCCACACUCUAUAGUGUAGUUUUUAUCUGAAAAAAAAGGAUGCAUUCAGUUUAUCCACAUGCUGCCACUUUUUAAAUCAUGGGAAUAGUUUCCUCCCUGGCCUUUUACACAAGACUAUGGGAGUCAAAGGGCACUGUUUUAUUAUUCUAAUAGUGAAGGGGUUUAUAUCUGCAGCUGUCUACAUCACUUGAGCAGGUGAUCUACCUUCUUUGAUGUGCUUUUACAGUGUCCUGUCCCACACGUGCACACAGCCAUUCGUUUUAUUAUCUGAAGUCUUGCAUGAAGGGAUUUGAAACACACACAAACAUCUAUCGAAAUACUCAAUUUUUUUUAGCACAUGUUGGCAUGCCAUAUAGCAUUUUGUUCAGAAGAGUCUUUCUUGAAGAACACACAGUGGUAUUCCCUGAACGUGUUACCUAAUAAUAAUAAUUAAUUGUAAAGGUCAUUGGCCUAUAGGUUUAAAUAGUGUUUAUAAAAAUAUUAGACAUAGAUGACAGAACUACAGAAAGUGUCCAGAUCAGAGUAAGCCCUUGAUUUGAAGUGAAGGGCAGGUUAACAAACCUUUAUUAUAUUGGUACUUUUAAAGCACCAGAUUUUGUAGUGAAUGCAAAUGGAAAUGCAGCUGUUCUAGUGGAAUGCAUACGGGUGUUAUGGCUAUUGUUAUAAAUGGUAUGUGUUUGUGAUUCAAAUACAAAUGUUAUCUGUAGUCAAUCAAGCACAUUGUAAUGUGUAAUUUUUCUGUCAGUGGAACAAGUUCCUUUUUUUUUAAAUUCUAUAUAUGCUCAUUUUUAUAUAUGAUAUUUAGUUAACUGUUAUAUUGCACCUAAUGUGUUAUGUACAAUGUGUUAUUUCUGUGCGUACUGAUAUGUUUCCAAUGUGUGUCUUUUCCCAAGAAAAAGAUGUGCCAUAUCUUUAAGAAAGUAUUAUAAAAAAACUUAAGACAUUCCUUGAUACCUUAAACAUGCUCUUGUCUGUGAUUUCAGUUUGUUUUGUUUUUAAUGUUGAACAGCUUCGCUCAGAUUGAAAUGUAUGGGUAGACUGUAUGGAUACCAUUGAGGUUCAGGGUUACCAAUUUGGUUUAUUUAUCAGAUGCAUGUAACAGUGUGGGUCCUGUAUGUUACUGAACCACACAGUGUUUUUAUUAUUUUGACAUUAAGGACGUAUUAAAAGUCUGUGUGUGUGCUGAA